CGGGUUUUUCUAGCUCUUCGACCCUCUAAAAAACAACAAAUUCUGUUCGGCGCUGCUACCAAACGAGGAGCUACAAUCAAACUCGGUUGCCCUGUGGUUGCUAUUGAAGAGAAUGAAAAGAGAAUUACAGUCAUGGUGAAGGGUGGUGAGAGAGUAGAAGCUGAUAUGGUUGUAGGAGCCGAUGGUAGGUGAACGAUUUCUUGGGAUUAGAUUCACUUCGUCAGAUGUUGGUGAAAGGCUGACUUACCCAAAAUUUCAGGUCUAAAGUCCAUUGUUAGACGAAGUAUAGUUUCUGACAAAGAAUGUGUCCGCGAUAGUGGAAUGGACAUAACCCGACUUCUUAUUCCUGAGUCCACCGUGAGAUCAAUCCCAGAAACUUCCAUCUUCAUGGACCAAAUAGGCCUAUGGUGCGGCCCUUUUACUACAAUCGCUGUAAUGCCGGUUCUUAGAGGUGCUAUACACUCCUAUGAAUAAUAUGUGUUGGUAUGCUUACUUCAGCGUAGGGGAUGAAUGGCUCCUGAGUCUUGAUUGCUGCCACGUGAGAGAUGAGAAUUCUUCGGAAUCAAGUGAACGAGAGCAAAAUAUUGAGCAGUUUAGAGGAUACUAUAAGGAGUUUAUUCCAGGAAUUCAAAAGCUUCUUUCGUACGCAAGUACAGGUCAGGUUUGGCGAUUGAAGGAGUCGAUGCCGAAUUCCUGGGUAAGCCAGCAUGGCAGGGUGAUCUUGAUUGGAGACGCAUCACAUGCAAUUCUCCCAUGGCUUGGCCAGGUAAGCAAUAUAAGCAUCUGGUCUAUUCAGGCUAAAGAAGCUCACAAGUAAAUGUUUCAGGGAGGCGCUUUGGCACUCGAGGAUGCGGUAACAUUGGCAGAAUGCCUAGAAAGAGCCGAGCUCUUCGGUAUUCCAAAAGUCCUAAAAGCGUUUCAGACAAUUCGAGAGCCGCGAUGUAGGCUAAUUCAGGAAUGGGCUGCUGCCAAAGAUAAACGUGCCACAUUACCGGAUGGACCAGAACAGCUUGAACGCGACAAGAACUUGAAGCUGUUCAAUCCUUGGGUAAAGGCCAGGCCAGCAAGUCUAGUCGAAAGCGAGCAUCUUCCCGAGUUCGAAACCCAGAUUGGAUGGGCGGAUAUAAUGCUAUAG